AUGGAACUGCUAUGGUUGCUUCAAUGGACGGUAUUAUCGGUAGCUAUUGCUUGGUUCAUUACCUGGUUUAUACAAAAUAUCAUUAUAGAUGUGACAAGGGAUCUGAAUCCGGCGGUUCUACUGCAGCAAAGUAAUAUCGCACCUGUUAGAAAAGAGAAAGAAACAGCAGUGUACAGGAAUCUAAGUGUUCCCAUCGGGCUUCCUUUGACAACAGGGCUAAAUAUUGCGAUUGGUUAUAAGUUUAGAAGAGGAAACUUCAUAGAUAUAUGGUCAAGAACAUUAACUAAAGGACAUGGUAAAAACCAAAUAGGCUUUAUUGAUGGUGAAAAAUGGCCACUGGAAAAGGUUAACUACAUGGCAAAGCAGUUGCAUAAGUUUUUUAUUAGAACUCAGGUGAAAAGUAUAGGUAUUGUUGCCUCCGUUGCCACUUCUACCGGAUUCGUAGCUGCAACUGCGGCAUUUAUGGCCUCGGUAGACGGUUGCAUACCUCAGUUUUUGCCCUGUAUUCCCAGAAAAAAGAUGGAUUUGGAUGUCUUAGUCAUUCAAAGUUGGGAACUAGUUGCUCUUUUGGACAGCAGCGAAAAGUGGUACAAGGUUGUUAUUGUCUGUGAAGAACUUCCAUCUUCGCGUAUUGGCUUAUCCGGACGAAUGGUUUCUAUUGCUUCUUUGUUUCAGGAAACAAGUGGCUUGGAUCCAGAGUUUCAUUACUCCCCAGUAGAUGAUACAGAUGAUGGAAAGGAAUUGCUUAGGUUUACGAACUCAUAUUUUGAAACUACGAGCUUUACUCAUACAUGUUUAGUUAGUAGCGUUGCCAGUUUUAUCAAAUCUUUUCCUGUUCAGUUUCAAUUAAGAGAAACUGAUACUUUGACUAUUGUGACGGAAAUGUUGGAGUUCUGUCUUUCAUUACAGGUAUGGACUAAGAUAUUUGCCGUUCUAUUGCAUGGUGGGUCCGUUAACUUCAUAUGUACGGAUGAUUUGACCAAGAUAGAUCCAAAAACAUCGUUAUUAUUUGUAGCUGCAAACGCUUCAGGUAUUAAUACUAUGUUGACUGCUUACCUUCGCAAUUCAAAUCGAUUGGCACUUUCGUGGGCUCUUUCUCUACUCAGUGAAGGUGUUUUUAGCACAGCGGCGAGAAUAAGCGAUAGCUUUACAAAAUUAAGAUGUGUGUUCCUAAUGAACGAGGUCAGAGACGUAGCUAGUGUGUCGUUAUUUCCCCUGGAAAUGCCAAAAUUGCAGAGUAAUGCUGUUUCAAGGUUAACAAGUCAUCAAAUGAAUCAAUUGAGAGCCCUAUUUGGGGCAAGGGUCAUCAUGGAGCUCUAUUCACCUUAUACUAUAAUGGGACCUUUUGCGCAGACUAACUUUUAUGAUUAUAGAGUAUUUCCAACCGCUGUGGAUAAGAAGUUUACCUGUUAUGGAUCUUUAUCCUCAUCUAUGGAAGGUAAGUUAGUUUAUACUGAUGUUAACCCAGAGUUGAAACCUGCUAAUAGGCAAGGAAUGCUGCUAAUCCGUGGCUUUACUAUAGGAAAACCUCUUGAUCAAGAUAGGUUAAAUAAAACUGCAAAGUUAGCAGAGAAAUUCGAAAGUGGGAAAGGAUGGAUGGUUAUGGUGGGAGAGUAUGGCCUUUGGGGAAAGGAUGGAUGUUUUUACGAGUAUAAAUAG